AUGAGCAGCCUAUUUCACGAACCUGCAGUGAAGAAGCUGCUUGGAUGGAAGCAAGGUGAUGAGGAAGAAAAAUGGGCAGAAAAGGCUGUGGAUUCUCUAGUCAAGAAACUGAAAAAGAAGAAAAAUGGUCAAGGUACAAUUGAGGACCUUGAAUUUGCACUUGCAAAUCCCGGAUCUCAUAGUAAAUGUGUCACAAUACCUCGUUCACUUGAUGGACGACUUCAGGUAUCGCAUCGAAAAGGACUUCCGCAUGUAAUAUAUUGUAAAGUAUGGCGAUGGCGUGAUUUGCAAUCGCAUCAUGAGCUGAAGUCCGUUCCUGAAUGUUUAUAUUCGUAUGAUAGCAAGCAGCCUCUAAUUUGUAUUAAUCCUUACCAUUACCAAAAGAUCGAGUCUCAGAUCAUCCCAGUAGCAGUUCCACAUUCUCUUCCAUUUCACAAUAUUCUUCAUAGAGAUAUACCACCAUCAGUGAGUUCCAUGCCUCCCAACAUGUAUGGACAUCACCAGUCGCUUGAAAUGCCUUCGUCGCUAAGUGCCCCAAUGGAAUAUUGUCCUUAUCGCGAUACUUCUUCUUACUCUUCCGCGAGUCCUUUGUCGGUGUUCAGCGAGGACUGUGAGAUAAUAUCGUCGGAAGUAGAUUCGGGUUAUUGCUAUCCAGAACCGAAUUUCUGGUGUUCACUUGGCUAUUAUGAGCUUAAUUCUCGUGUCGGUGAACUUUUCAAGAUAAGAAAUCUGGAAGUAAUUGUUGAUGGAUUUACGGACCCUUCAAAUUCUGAUGAUCGAAUCUGUCUUGGCCUGCUGACUAAUGUUAAUCGAAAUGCAACCAUAGAAAAUACUCGGAAGCACAUAGGAAAAGGUGUGAAAUUAACAUGUGAAGAAACAACACAUGAUGUAAUUGUGACGAAUCUUUCGGAUGCUCCAGUAUUCGUACAGUCUAGAAAUAGCAAUUAUAAACUUAAUUGUAUGCCAAGUUCUGUUUGUAGGAUACCUCCUGGACAUUUUAUGUACAUAUUUCAUCAUCAGUUAUUUGUGCAGAUGCUGCGACGAGCAGAGCGAGAAGGUUACAAUAAUGUUUAUGAAUUGACAAAAAUGUGUUUUAUUCGAAUAUCAUUCGUAAAAGGAUGGGGAGGUCCAGAGUAUCAUCGUCAAGAUGUCACUUCGACGCCAUGCUGGAUAGAAAUGCAGCUACACGGGCCGCUUGCGUGCAUAGAUCAAGUGAUCGAAAGACUGGAUCCACCAGCAAAUCCUAUAUCUUCCGUAUCUUGA